AAAGCCCUCCCAAGCUCCCAGUGCUUGCUGGGAGUUGCAGUCCCUUUACUAAAGGCUAGGGGUGGCCGUGAGGUCAUCGGUGGUCGCCGCGAGCCGCUAGCACGUGGAGGGAAGAGGCGGAGCGCGCUAGCUGUCUGCUCCCGGGAGCUGCAGCAGCUGGCCGCCCUCGCACCUCCCGUCGCUGUGCCCUCCCGACAUGCCCGAGGAGGCGGGCUUCCCGCCGGCCAAGAGAUUCCGGCAAGGCUCUGGGCCUCCGAGCCGCGCCGGGUCCUGUCCUCCCACGAGGCGAGUGGUGAUGCUGCUGAGUGCCGGCGGCGGUGGCAGAGGAGGAGGCCGGAGGCAGCAGCUGCCCCUGGGCCAGCCCUCGUCCAGCCCUUACCGUGAGGCUGUGGAGCUGCAGCGCCGGAGCCUGCCCAUCUUCCAGGCGCGAGGGCAGCUGUUGGCUCAGCUCCGAAACCUGGACAGCGCCGUCCUCAUCGGGGAAACUGGCUCUGGGAAGACAACUCAGAUCCCUCAGUACCUCUAUGAGGGGGGAAUCAGCCGCCAGGGCGUCAUUGCUGUGACCCAGCCGCGUCGAGUAGCUGCCAUCUCUCUCGCUACGAGAGUCUCAGAUGAGAAGAGAACUGAACUUGGGAAGCUGGUUGGCUAUACAGUGCGCUUCGACGAUGUCACAUCAGAAGACACCAGGAUCAAGUUCCUGACAGAUGGCAUGCUUCUGCGUGAAGCAAUUUCAGACUCGCUGCUUCGGAAGUACAGCUGUGUCAUUUUGGAUGAAGCCCACGAACGGACUAUCCACACGGAUGUGCUCUUCGGAGUGGUGAAAGCUGCACAGAAGAGGCGAAAGGAGCUGGGGAAGCUGCCCCUCAAAGUAAUUGUGAUGUCAGCUACGAUGGACGUGGACCUGUUCUCUCAGUAUUUCAAUGGCGCCCCCGUCCUCUACCUGGAGGGCCGGCAGCACCCAAUCCAGAUUUUUUACACCAAGCAGCCUCAGCACGAUUACCUGCACGCUGCUCUCGUCUCAGUCUUCCAGAUUCACCAGGAAGCCCCUUCUUCUCAGGACAUCCUGGUGUUCCUCACUGGUCAGGAGGAGAUCGAAGCAAUGAGCAAGACCUGCCGAGACAUUGCAAAGCACCUCCCGGAUGGCUGCCCUCCCAUGCUAGUCCUUCCUCUGUACGCCUCCCUACCCUAUUCCCAGCAGCUCCGUGUCUUCCAGGGGGCCCCAAAGGGCUAUCGCAAAGUGAUCAUUUCAACCAACAUCGCUGAAACCUCCAUAACCAUUACAGGAAUAAAAUAUGUAGUUGACACGGGCAUGGUUAAAGCAAAGAAGUAUAACCCUGACAGUGGCCUGGAGGUGUUAGCUGUGCAGCGGGUGUCAAAGACCCAGGCCUGGCAACGCACAGGCCGGGCCGGCAGAGAAGACAGUGGUAUCUGUUACCGACUCUACACAGAGGAUGAGUUUGAGAAGUUUGAGAAGAUGACAGUGCCAGAGAUCCAAAGGUGUAACCUGGCGAGUGUGAUGCUGCAGCUCCUAGCGAUGAAAGUCCCCAACGUGCUCACCUUUGACUUCAUGUCCAAACCGUCUCCAGAUCACGUUCAGGCGGCCAUUGCCCAACUGGACCUGUUAGGUGCUCUUGAACAUAAGGAUGACCAGCUUACCCUGACUCCAAUUGGAAGAAAGAUGGCAGCAUUUCCUUUAGAACCCAAAUUUGCCAAAACCAUCCUCCUGUCCCCCAAAUUCCACUGUACAGAGGAGAUACUGACCAUUGUCUCCCUGCUGUCUGUGGACAGUGUUCUCUACAACCCUCCCUCCCGGCGGGAUGAGGUGCAGGGUGUCCGGAAGAAGUUCAUAUCCAGCGAGGGCGACCACAUUACCCUGCUCAAUAUCUACCGGACCUUCAAAAACGUAGGAGGAAAUAAGGACUGGUGCAAAGAGAAUUUUGUGAACAGCAAAAAUAUGAUGCUAGUAGCUGAAGUCAGAGCACAGCUGAGGGAUAUCUGCUUAAAGAUGUCAAUGCCGAUCCUGUCAUGCCGAGGAGACAUGGAGAGUGUCCGCCGCUGCCUGGCUCAUAGCCUCUUCAUGAGCACCGCUGAGCUGCAGCUAGACGGCACCUAUGCCACCACGGACACCCACCAGCCGGUGGCCAUCCACCCCUCGUCGGUCCUCUUCCACUGUAAGCCAGCCUGCGUCGUGUACACGGAGCUGCUGCGCACCAACAAGUGCUACAUGCGAGACCUCUGCGUGGUAGAUGCCCAGUGGCUAUGUGAGGCCGCCCCCGAGUAUUUCCGCAGGAAGCUGAGAACCGCCAGAAACUGAGCCCCCCGGGCCGCUGCCAAUGCUGCCGGGGCCUGAGAGCUGGGACUGCAGCCAUCCUCGCAGCAGACUUCCAGCUCGCCCUCUAGAGAAGUGAUUGGUUUUAAUGCAGCGGAAUAUGCCCGACCCCAGGAGCUUGCAGGCAUCUUUGCUUAACCUCCUAGGACUGAACCGUGUAGACAUCUACCUACCAUUUAUACCUUUGAGAUGUCAGAGCUAUGCUUUCAGUUCUUGCUGGGUGACCUAGUUAACUUCUGAGCCUCCAUUGCCUCAUCUGCCAAGUGGGGGUUAUAAUAAUACUUAUAGGGUUGGUGUCAUGAGGUUUAGAGAAAACGAAAGUACCCAGAGCUGUGCCUGGCGCACAGUGAACAUAUGAUGAAUCAUGAGCGUGAUAUUACCGCUUUUUACUUAAUGUGAAUUGAGUACAACACAAUCCCCUGAGUUCUCGUGACUAAGGGGCACUUUCUGGAAGGGGACCAUAGGAGGUCGCAGAGCUCUGAUGGUCUCCUUGGAUCUAUUUUAACAGUUAUAUGAAGUUUUUAAGUAGAAAACGUAAGAGAUUGACAUCUGUAGAAAUUUCAGGAGGGAGGGGCUGUUGUCUCUUACCUCGUGGGCUGGCCGCCCCUACUGAAGCUCCUCGCCAGGGUGGACUCUUCCUGCCUCCAAACAGAACAGGAAAGGAGCGCUCGCAGGCUGCUGAGCUGUGCCCUUUUGUCCUGGGUGCCUCUGUGGCACAUACCCCAUCCAUGCUUUCAGGAGACAUGGACGUUUCCUGGGUGAAGGUUGAUUUGUAUUUUUUGAAUCGUGAUGACUUCGAGCAUAGCCAGUUGCCAUUUUCCUCCAUAACUGGGCCCAUAUAAAUAUGUGAGCAUAAGGAAUGACUCUGUGCUGUACGUCAACCAUUCCUUUUCUGUCGGGGCCCCUGGUCAGAGAGCUGUUGGGGUGGGUGGAGGAGAGAGACAAAUGGUCGGGGAGAACCCAGACAGCAUUGGCUUGCCCCAUCCACCUCAUCUGUGGUUUAUAUCCUUGCAUCUUAUUUAUUUUCUAUUAUCUUUUCCUUCUUUGGGACUUGGGGACAACCUGCUUUUGCUACUGCCUAACUGUGUCAGUCAUUCCUCUCUAACCCUCAGUUUCUGCAUUUCUCAGAGGGAAUUAGAAGGUCUCCACAGUCUCUUCCUGUUCUCAUAUUUUGAGAAAGGAAAAGACACUAAAGGUUCUUCUUGGCUGUUUAAUUAUCAAAUGCAAAUGAUUUUUCCCUAGAUAAUGUUUUGCCCUAGGAGAAUCCAAGACUUAGCCCUUUUAUUGUGCUUAAUUGGUCUAAACACACAUGUGCAGUAUUUUGGUCAUUAUUUAAAGUGAAUCAUACAGUCUGUAGGCAGGCCAAACUGUCUGAGAGACUCUUCAGAGACAGUGGAUGGUCUUUUCACUCUGGAUCCAGUGAACUCUUCUCUGAGACCAUAGCCAGCUGGAGCGCCCCAUUCUGGGUCCCAUCUGUUCAUGCUUGUGAAUGUUAAGUCUGGCUCAGGCUCUUGAGCACUAGCCAUGGCCCUGAGAAGUUAAGCUUUUAUCUGGUGUUCAGGGCUGUAUGGGCACUUGUGAUUUAAUUCUGUUAGAAAUAGUUACGUUUGGGCCAAAUAGGAUUCGACAGAUCCUAUAUACUCUGUCUUAUUGAAUACUUAGACUUAGCUGGCUGUUCCUCAGAUUGACUUGUUUUUACUGUUGUAAAAGGUUUUUGUUUGUUUGUUUGUUUGUUUUGGCUGAGCCAUCCUGCCACCUGUUGGCAUC